CGUGGACCAGUCAACUUGUACUAGAAAUUUCUUGAGAGAGCGUUGUUUUUUUUCACGUUGGUAUCUUUUAAUGCAACAGCAAAGAUGGAUUUGCAUGGAGAACAGAUCAGUCUUCUUCGAACUUUUACCGAUAUGUGCAAGGUGAACACAGAUAUUUUGUAUGAACCCGAGUUGGAGUUUUACAAGGAGUGGUUAGAAAGCCUCGGUGCCACGGUACCACCGCGAAAACCCACAACUGCCACAAGCCAACCAAAAGAACCAGAACGGAAUGCAGAGACCACCGAACCGAAACCAGCUACUCCAGAACCAGAAGAGGAAGAAGAAGAAAUAAUGGAAAGUGACCUUGACCUUGACAAUUUAGAUACUAUAACUGACGACGACGAAGAUUAUCCAGAAUAUGCCGACGACAGUGAGGAAAUUACAGAUGAAAUGAUUGACAUUGCCAAUGAGAAGAGGAAUGAAGCAAUGGAUGCAGCUAAUGAUGGCCGUUUGGAAGAUGCUAUAGCUCUGUACAGUGAAGCUAUUAAAAACAAUCCACAUUCAGCUUUAAUGUAUGCCAAGAGGGCAAGUGUAUUUCUCCGAAUGAAAAAGGCCAAGAAAGCUAUUCACGACUCCUGUAAAGCCAUUGAGCUGAACCCUGAUUCUGCAACAGGUUACAAGUGGCGUGGCAAGGCAAACAGGCAGCUUGGUAAAUGGGAGGAAGCAUAUCACGACCUGACCUUGGCCUGCAAACUCGACUAUGACGAUGAUGCGAAUACAGUACUCCACGAGGUCACUCCAAAUGCUAAAAAAAUCAUGGAACACAAUCGCAAGUACGAACGUCUGCGUGAAGAACGCGACCUCAAGUGGAGGAAACAGACGAUUAAGAAGGCUCGUGAACAGUACGAGAAGGAGAAACGAGAACAGAGUCAGUUCGGGGAAAGUGCUGGGGCAGGACCAGAAGCCGCAUUUCCGGGUAUGUCGUUCCCGGGUGCAAUGCCUGCAGGGAUGCCAGAUCUCAGCGAGUUGCUCAGUGAUCCAGAAAUGAUUGCAGCAUUCCAGGACCCAGAUGUUGUGACAGCAUUCCAAGACGUCGCGUCAAACCCAGCCAAUAUCAGCAAGUACCAGAACAAUCCCAAACUUCAGGCUGUUAUCAACAAGAUGGCCAAAAAAUUUGGCACAGGAGGAGCUACUGAGGCUGGUUUUCCGGGUUCUGGAGAUUUCACGGCACCCGAAACAGAAGGGUCAACCAAGCCUGAAACCAAGACAAGCAUGGAUGAGAUGGACUGAUCAUUUUAAUUUCACUGCCAGUUUUAUCAUUUGACUUUAAUCUUAUAAAUGGUUGUCAAUUCCUGGUUGAACUUUAAAUGAUUUUGUUGACAUUUGUUUGAAAAUGUUUCUAUCAAAUGAUUGAUUAGGGUAUUAACUACAUAUUAAUCUUGAUUAAUAACACACACAUGGCAUAUUUGUACACGCAUGUAUACACCUGUUAAUUUUGCUUGUUAAUUUUUUUUCCCUUCAAUUUUGAUUAUUUUUUUUUAAGGAACGACUUUCAUAUUUACUUACUCAGUUGUGUGUCCUUUUUGUCCAGUGAAGAAUGAAUGAACCUGAAGUGUACUCACUGUACAUGUAUGGUUAACUUUUAAUGCAGUGUAUAGGUUUGGUGUAUGAAUAGUUAAUCUAGAUGGUAUCUUUUAGUUCUAAAACAAAAUUAUUACAAAAUUGUGUUGAGGGGAAAAUAAGAAUACAUAUUACCUGCAUAUUAUGCUGCUUCUGUUGGCACUGUAUAUAUACAUGUGUAAGACGGAAGUAUUCCAUCUUUUUCAUGUAUCUUCCAAUGCCUUUACUGUACAGCUACUGACAUAUGUAUACUUUAUGUUCAUGUAUACAUGUAUGACCAGUUUUGCUGUCUGUAUGAUAUACAUUGUGAUCUGUAUUUAUAAAUAUAAGUUAUAAACAUGAAUACACCAAAA